CUUGACGUAGGCGACAGUAACAGUUUAGCAACAUGGCGGCGCACAGGCUCUCUCCAUCACUGGACAGACUGCUGUUAGCCGGAAAGUAUGCAUCAUUCUGGACCAGAUGCUGUGCCGUGCACGGUUAUGCUCAAUAUUCCACCGCCUGCAGUCCCAAUGAAAAGAUGUUUGAUAAGAUCCUCAUCGCCAACAGAGGAGAGAUUGCCUGCAGGGUGAUGAAGACCUGUCACAAGAUGGGCAUCCAGACCGUCGCUGUUCACAGUGAUGUCGACACCAGUGCUGUUCAUGUAAAGAUGGCCAAUGAAGCGGUGUGUGUUGGCCCCGCCCCUACCAGUAAAAGCUACUUAAACAUGGAUGCCAUCAUGGACGCUGUUAGAGUGACUGGCGCACAAGCUGUUCAUCCUGGCUACGGGUUUCUCUCUGAAAACAAAGAGUUUGCAAAGCGACUGGCAGCGGAGGGCGUGGCUUUCAUUGGUCCAGACACUUAUGCUCUCCAGGCGAUGGGAGAUAAAAUUGAGAGCAAGUUGAUCGCUAAGGCGGCUACAGUCAACACCAUCCCGGGAUAUGAUGGCGUCGUCAAGACUGUUGAGGAAGCUGUGAAGAUCUCACAGGACAUUGGCUACCCAGUGAUGAUCAAAGCGUCGGCAGGAGGAGGAGGGAAAGGAAUGCGGAUCGCUUGGAAUGAUGAGGAGACGAGGGAAGGCUUCCGGUUCUCGUCCCAGGAGGCGGCAUCCAGCUUUGGAGAUGACCGGCUGCUCAUUGAGAAGUUCAUCCACAACCCCAGACACAUUGAGAUCCAGGUACUGGCUGAUAAACAUGGGAACGCUCUGUGGUUGAAUGAGAGGGAAUGCUCCAUCCAGAGGAGGAACCAGAAGGUGGUGGAAGAAGCUCCCAGUACUUUCCUGGACCCGGAGAUGCGGCGGGUGAUGGGCGAGCAGGCGGUGCAGCUGGCCAAGGCGGUGCAGUACUCGUCUGCUGGCACCGUGGAGUUCCUGGUGGACUCGAAUAAGAACUUCUACUUUCUGGAGAUGAACACACGGCUACAGGUGGAGCAUCCAAUUACAGAAUGCAUCACGGGCCUGGACCUGGUUGAGCAGAUGAUCAGGGUUGCCAAGGGUUACCGACUGCAGCACAAACAGGAGGACAUCCCAAUAAACGGCUGGGCCAUUGAGAGUCGAGUCUACGCUGAGGAUCCUUACAAGUCUUUUGGUCUUCCCUCCAUUGGCCGGCUGUCUCAAUACCAAGAGCCACUCAACCUCAGCAAUGUCCGUGUGGACAGUGGGAUCCAGGAGGGAAGUGACAUCAGCAUCUACUACGAUCCCAUGAUCUCUAAGUUGGUUACCUACGGAGCGACGCGAGCUGAAGCUCUCGCCAGUAUGGAGGACGCUCUGGAUAACUACGUGAUCCGAGGUGUCACCCACAACAUUUCGCUCCUGCGGGAAAUCAUCACCCACCCCCGAUUCAUCUCCGGCGACAUCAGCACCAACUUCCUGCCGGAGGUUUACCCCGAUGGCUUCAAGGGUCACCAGCUGGAGGCGGACAGCCGCAGGGAGCUGCUGGCGGCGGCGGCGGCGCUCUACAUCACCGCUCAGCUGCGCUCACAGAGGGUCCUGGGGGUCCUGAGGGUGUCCUCCGCCCCUGUGGAGUGUAGCCACUGGGAGCUGUGUGUGGAGCUGGAGGAGGGACGCCAUUCUGUGCAUGUGACCAAAUCCGGAAACGUUUACACUGUGGAGGUGGAUGGAGAAACGGUGGAGGUCAAUGGUCAGUGGAACCUGGCCUCCCCACUGCUACCGCUCACCAUCAACGGCUCACACAGGAUGCUCCAGUGUUUGUCCAGAGAUGCUUCAGGAAAGAUUGUCCUACAGUACCUGGGCACAUCGUUUAAGGUCCGCGUCCUGUCCAGGACGGCGGCGCAGUUGAUCGCCUACAUGCCGGAGAAGGUCCCGGAAGACACCAGCAGCCUGCUGCGCUCGCCGAUGCCGGGCGCGGUGGUGUCCGUGUCCGUCAAGCCCGGAGACACGGUUGCAGAGGGUCAGGAGAUCUGUGUGAUUGAAGCCAUGAAGAUGCAGAACAGUCUGACUGCCGCCAGGCAAGCCAAGGUGAAGAGUGUCCACUGCAAGCCGGGGGAGACGGUGGGAGAGGGCGACCUGCUGGUGGAGCUGGAGUAAAGCGCAGCCUUUCUGAUGACUGAUGAGUGACACGUCAGCAUCUGGAUGAGCCUUCCUCCCCCUCUGUAACCGUGGAAACCGACUGGACAAUGACGGAUGCUUUAUUAACGUUGCCAGUGGCAAUGAGGCGAGCCCCUCGGUGUCUCCACAUGUCCGACUCAUUCGGUCACAAAAAUCUCUUGUGAAUCUUUCCAUUCUGUUUCAUGUUUUCUCAACCUGAUUGUUAGUUUUGGUAAAAAAUGUUUUAGUUCAGUGCCCCCCAUAUUAUUAUUAUUAUAUUAAACCAGAACUACAGGCAGAGUUCCACAGCAGUCGAGCAGACAUGUCUAAUUAAGUUGAACUGACUCACUGCGAUCAAUAAAGUGCUCCUUCUUUAGAACACCGUCACUGAGACUGACCAAACACUUUUUAAAUUUUUUUUUAUAUAGGCAUCGUAUGUCAGCCGCAGAUUAUCUGUGAUGUGUUCAUCUUCUUUGUAGGGCGUAUUUGAGGAGACACUCUUUAUUUAAAUUUUGUAUCAGAAAACAAAUAUAAUAUAUAUUUUAAACACAACUGCACUUAGUGACCUUUGUGCUGCAUUUGAGGACCAGCGGCUAACGAGGCCAGGACCUGAACAUAUGGAACAUCAGUUUAUUUUUGACAAGAAUGUAACUUUGAAUAGUUUACUAAACCCAUCCAUACCAAGUGUUUGUGAUCUCUAAAUGCCACAAAGCAAGAUGAAGGUGUCCAUACAGGUGCCUUUAGAUUGAAGACAAAUAAAAGGAACCUAAACAUUU